AUGGACGACGAUGUCUUCCGGGAGGACAGCACUACCAAACAGUUCGAGGCCGACAUGGCAGCGAUGGCUGGUCACGAAGACGGGUGCAUCGCGGUGUCCGGCACCAUGGCCAACCAGAUUGCGAUGCUGGUGCUCUUUCAACAGCCCCCAUACUCGUUGUUGACUGACAGCCGUGCGCACAUUGUGCAUUUUGAAGGUGGCGGCACCUCAUUCCUGACAGGAGCGUCGGUGCAGGUUGUGAAGCCCUCAAACAACCGCUACCUCACGUUGGAGGAUAUCCAAUGCAAAGCCAUCUUGUCGGACGACAUACAAAAGGCGCCGACCAAGGUCAUUUCGCUGGAGUGCACGGCGCACGGCGCCAUCACGCCGGUCAGCGAGUUCCGGCGCAUUGCUGAAUGGGCACGCAGGCGCGGUAUCCGCCUACACCUGGACGGUGCUAGGCUUUUCGAGGCUGUUGCCGCGAACGCUGGCAGUCUGCGUGACUAUUGUUCCCUAUUCGACACAGUCUACCUGGACUUUGCUAAAAAUCUUGGUGCGCCCAUAGGCACGAUGCUGCUGGGGUCGUCCACCUUGAUCCGCCGCGCCCGUCACGUCCGCAAGGUCCUCGGAGGCGGCGUGCGUAUGACAGGGAUGAUCUCUUCCGUCUCACGUGCGGCCGUGGAAGCCAACUUUGGCUGGGAUGGCCGCGGCAGCAAGGCACAUCAGUUACGGCUCUCGCAUCGGUGGGCGCGCAUGCUGGGUGAAGCGUGGCAGCGAUAUGGAGGCCGAUUGACACGGCCGGUUGAGACGAAUAUUGUAUGGUUGGAUAUCAAGCGAGCAGGCUACAACGCCGCCACAUGGGAGCGACUUGGGCGUAAGAAGGGAGUGAAGCUCGAUGGGCCGCGUGUCGUUGUGCACCAUCAGAACAGCGACGAGGCUCUGCAACGGAUGUUGGAGCUCUUCCGAGAGUGCUUGUCACCGUCCGCGGCAGUCAGCACCGGCCCAGCCACUCCCGCAGCCCAACCGAUGUUGUAG